UUCCCUGCCCACGAGCUCGGAUCCUUGCCAUGCCCUUUGCCCUUCGGGGGAUCGGGGGGAAAUAUUCCCCAGCAAGCCCUGACCGCGGGACCCCGUGCAGGAGCCCCCGCUCGUAGAGAAAAGGAGUUCGUGCAAGCGGGGGAAAUUAAAAAAGAGCAGAGAAAGGUUAAGGGGAAAAGGAGGGAGACGGAGAAGCGAAGUCGGACAGAAGGUAAAAGUACACAGAGCCAACAGAAACACCAAGGGAAAAAUCCUGAUGUUUUGCCGAAAUGAGUUUGAGCCAUAGAGUAUGGUUAAUGCCAUAAUUAUCCAGGUUCCGAACUACUUGAAAAUCCCAUUGUCAAUGAAGGAAGAAACUAUCUUGGACUUUAAGGUGGGGACGAGGUCCUAAUACUAUUCAACAUGCGCAAAGGGAUGCCAAAAGAUCCAGAUAUUGCGGAGCUAUUCUACAAAGAUGAUCCUCAGGAACUAUUUGUGGGUUUACAUGAAAUUGGACAUGGAAGUUUUGGAGCGGUUUAUUUUGCCACCAAUGCCCGCACUAAUGAAGUGGUGGCAAUCAAGAAGAUGUCCUACAGUGGAAAACAAACGAAUGAGAAAUGGCAGGAUAUUAUCAAAGAAGUCAGAUUUUUACAACAGCUGAAGCACCCCAACACCAUAGCGUAUAAAGGCUGCUACCUGAAAGAACAUACUGCUUGGUUAGUGAUGGAAUACUGUUUAGGAUCAGCUUCAGAUCUGUUGGAAGUUCACAAAAAGCCACUUCAGGAAGUGGAGAUAGCUGCCAUUACCGAUGGUGCCUUGCACGGACUGGCUUACCUUCAUUCUCAUUGUAAAAUUCACAGGGAUAUUAAGGCAGGAAACAUUCUCCUAACAGAACCAGGUCAAGUGAAACUAGCAGACUUUGGAUCUGCUUCUAUAGCCUCUCCUGCCAAUUCUUUCGUGGGGACACCUUACUGGAUGGCUCCAGAAGUAAUCUUGGCUAUGGAUGAUGGACAGUAUGACGGGAAGGUAGAUGUUUGGUCUCUUGGAAUUACGUGCAUAGAGUUAGCGGAACGGAAACCUCCUCUCUUCAAUAUGAACGCUAUGAGUGCCUUAUAUCACAUAGCCCAGAACGAUUCCCCUACACUACAGUCGAAUGAAUGGACAGACUCUUUUAGGAGAUUUGUUGAUUACUGCUUGCAGAAAAUACCUCAGGAACGUCCGUCAUCAUCAGAACUUUUGCGGCAUGAAUUUGUACGAUGUGAGCGGCCACCUCGUGUUCUAAUAGACUUGAUUCAAAGAACAAAGGAUGCGGUGAGAGAGCUGGAUAACCUUCAGUAUCGGAAAAUGAAGAAAAUCCUUUUCCAAGAGGUCCACAAUGGCCCUCUGAAUGAGUCUCAGGAAGAGGAGGAGGACGGUGAGCAUGGGACAAACCUGACUAGCAAGAUGGACAGUCUGGGCAGCAAUCAUUCAAUCCCCAGCAUGUCUGUCAGCACAGGCAGUCAAAGCAGCAGUGUCAACAGCGUGCAAGAGGUUAUGGAGGACAGCAGUUCUGAGCUGGUUAUGAUGCAUGACGAGAGCACCAUUAAUUCCACUUCCUCUGUUGUGAUUAAGAAGGAUCAUGUAUUCAUAAGGGAUGAGGUGGGCCACGGGGAGCGCAGGCCUGAUCUGCGGCCUACCCACUCAGUCCAGAAUCAGGCCCUCCACUACCGGAACAGAGAACCGUUUGCCACAAUCAAAUCAGCAUCUUUGGUUACAAGGCAGAUCCAUGAGCAUGAGCAGGAGAACGAGUUGCGGGAACAGAUGUCAGGAUAUAAGCGGAUGCGGCGCCAGCACCAGAAGCAGCUGAUCGCCCUGGAGAACAAGCUGAAGGCUGAAAUGGACGAGCACCGCCUCAAGCUGCAGAAAGAGGUGGAGACGCACGCCAACAACUCGUCCAUUGAGCUGGAGAAGCUAGCCAAGAAACAGGUGGCCGUCAUAGAAAAGGAGGCUAAGACAGCAGCAGCAGAUGAGAAGAAGUUCCAGCAACAGAUUUUGGCUCAGCAGAAGAGAGAUCUGACCAAUUUCUUAGAAAGUCAGAAGAAGCAAUACAAGAUUUGCAAGGAAAAGAUUAAAGAGGAGAUGAACGAGGACCACAGCACACCGAAGAAGGAGAAGCAGGAAAGGAUCUCCAAACACAAAGAAAACCUGCAGCACACACAGGCUGAAGAGGAGGCUCACCUUCUCAGCCAGCAGAGACUCUACUACGACAAAAACUGCCGUUUCUUCAAGCGGAAAACUAUGAUCAGAAGGCAUGAGCUGGAGCAGCAGAAUAUUCGUGAGGAGCUGAACAAGAAGAGAACCCAGAAGGAGAUGGAACAUGCCAUGCUAAUACGGCACGACGAGUCGACGCGGGAGCUAGAAUACCGGCAGCUGCACUUGCUGCAGAAGCUGCGUAUGGACUUGAUCCGGCUGCAGCACCAGACAGAACUUGAGAACCAGCUGGAGUAUAACAAACGGCGGGAACGAGAGCUGCACAGGAAGCACGUCAUGGAGCUGCGGCAACAGCCCAAAAACUUGAAGGCCAUGGAAAUGCAGAUCAAGAAGCAGUUCCAAGACACGUGCAAAGUGCAAACUAAGCAGUACAAAGCGCUCAAGAAUCACCAGCUGGAAGUGACUCCAAAGAGUGAGCACAAAACUAUUUUGAAAAGCCUGAAGGAUGAGCAGACGAGAAAGCUUGCCAUCCUGGCCGAGCAGUAUGAGCAGAGCAUCAAUGAAAUGAUGGCGUCCCAAGCGCUGCGGCUAGACGAGGCUCAGGAAGCAGAGUGCCAGGCCUUGAGGCUGCAGCUUCAGCAAGAGAUGGAGCUGCUCAACGCCUACCAGAGCAAAAUCAAGAUGCAGACAGAAGCACAGCACGAGCGGGAGCUCCAGAAGCUGGAGCAGAGGGUGUCCUUGCGCAGAGCACAUCUGGAGCAAAAGAUUGAAGAGGAGUUGGCCGCCCUGCAGAAGGAGCGUAGCGAGAAGAUCAAGGUUUUGUUGGAAAGGCAAGAGCGGGAGAUUGAAACUUUUGACAUGGAGAGCCUACGAAUGGGCUUUGGAAAUUUGGUCACAUUAGAAUUUCCUAAGGAGGACUACAGAUGAGAUUAAAUUUCUUUGGCCAUUUUAAAAAAAAAAAUGCAAACCAACAAAAAAUAUCUCAAACCAACAUUCCCCUCCCCCUCCCCUAAUGGGUGUGCUCUCUCUCUUUCUGUCUCUUACUGACAUCACGUCGGACUUAGUGCCUGUAUAUUUUUACUCCAUCAGGGCCCCCCCCCUCCCACCAAGUGUCACGUUUUGGAGCUGGACCAUGCUUGGCUGUCUCUUGAACCUCAUAGUGUUUCACAAUAUUGAUGUCUCUGUGCAAUGAUUUUGAUUUUGAUUUUUUAUUUUUCGAUUAACGUUUCGGUGAAAACUUUGGAGACAAUUCUAAUGAAUCAGACAAAAAAAAGCGGAUGUUAUGUUUGCUUUUCAGCAAUCACUCCUUGUUUGCCACUAACCAAUGAAAACACAAGCAAAAAAAAAAAAAUCAAAAGAAAACAGAACCACGCCCAGAACAAAAGCAUCUUUUUUAAAAAAAAUAAAAAUAAAAAGAAAGAAAAGCAUUCAGAUUCCCCAGAGGGGGAAAAAGUGGAUAUCGCAGCCUUACCUUAAUUAGCUGCUACAUAACUUUUAGUUUCUAAUUUUAUUAUGAUUUCUUUUCUUUGGUAUUUAUUCAUCAGGAAUAAUUCAAUGAAAAUAAUAAAACAUUUUAGUAAGAGAUCAAGAAAUUUGAUACAUUUUGCAGAAAAUACGAAUUCUGAAUUGUGGUGUACAUAUCAGUGGUGGACAGUUACUUCGG